AUGUCUUCCAACGUGCUCAGCGCCCGCGACACCAAUGUGCAGAUGAAGCCUACGCCAUCUCCCGAGAAGGACCAGCUCAAGAGCCUCGAGUACCACCGCCAAGUGCUGAACUCACGCAUGAACGCGGAGCAGGCACAGCAGUACGUCUCACCUUCGGACGAGAUCAUGUCACCCGCCACGCAGAAGCUGGCAGCUUUCAAGACCAAGCACGCCAUGAAGAACUCGAAGCCACAGACUCUGUUUAAGAAGACGAGCUCCAGGAACUAUGAGACGUCCAAGGGCACUGCCAUGUUCGCCGACAUCCCGAAGAAGACGGCAGUCGAGAAGGUGUAA